UAUACACAAACGUCGAGAUGAUCCAGAAUAGGUUAUUUUACGAUACAUGUGCAAUCGCUGAAUAAGAGAGAAAGAUGUUGGAGCCAAUUUUGCAGCAGCUGAAUUCAAAAAGAAUUGUUUUAGCUAGUAGUUCUCCAAGAAGACGACAAAUCCUAGGAAACAUUAAUCUGAAGUUUGAGACUGCUAAGUCAAACUUUGAAGAAAAUCUGGAUAAAGGGACCUUUUCAUGUCCAUUAGAUUAUGUUCGGGAAACUGCCAAACAGAAGACCCUGGAGGUGGUUGAUAGGCUAUUCUCACUUGAGCCUUCACCCGACUUAAUUAUUGGAGCAGACACUAUAGUCACAAAUGGCAAAAGUAUUUUUGAGAAGCCGAGCAGCAAAGAUCAUGCUAUUGAAAUGAUUACUAGGUUGAACAAGAUGGCUUGCUGUGACCUUGACUAUUUUUAUUUACUUUUGGGCUAUGCCGCUAAAAAUAGUUUUUGUGGUAGAAGUCACAAAGUUUUAACUAGUGUUGUGCUGGUGACACCUAAAUCUUCGGACAAUUUGAUGGCAGGUUGCAAGAUAGCUCUGUACCAACCACUUGAUAUGGCAGCCCAUCUGAGCUUUUUAAGGAGUUGGAUUCAUAUUUCAGUCUAUUAUGUUUUUAGGUCACCUGAAUCACUCAGGUGACCUAUUGCUAUUGAUCUGCGUCCAUCGUCGUGCGUUGUCCGUUAACAACUUCCUCCCAGAAACUACUGGGCCAAUCUUGACCAAAUUUGGUAUGUCGACGUCGUAGCAUGAAGGAGACUGAAAAUUGUAAAUUUUAUAACCCCCCACCAUAAGGGGCCUUAAUUUUUGGUUAAAAACUGUAAAAUUGAUGUAUUUUCUUUACUCCUGGGCAUCUAGCAGAGAAAGUGAGUAUAUAGUAAUGAUGAGCAAGGAAACUUCUACCAAAAUUGUAAAUUUCAUGACCCAUGGGGUAGGGGUUCUGACCCCAGGGUGGGGCUAAACUUGGUAUAUAGUGUCUAUGUAUAAAACACUUAAAUAACAUCUUCUUUAGUGCUAUUGAUAUUAAAUUGAAACUAAAUGGAUAUUUAGAAAGAGCUGGUAGUUCUGUACUAGAAUUGUAAAUUUGAUGAUCCCAGGAUAGGGGUUUUGCUAUCGGGGUGGGGCAAAAAUGGCCAAUUAUUAAAUGUGUGAACAAUAGACCUUUUUAACUUCUUCUUGAUAACUGUCAUUCCAGUUCUUUUCAAAUUUGGUAUGAAGCAAAUUUGGAACAAGGGAGACAUAAAUUGUAAAGAACAAGGUACAUUUGUAUACAUAAAAAAGGACCAAAAAUUUUCUCUCUAUAAAAUGUGUCUGAAAUUAACCUUAAGGUAACUCCAUACUCGCAGUUUUAUCUGAUACAGGUUUAAAAUGUGUAUUUAUUUCCAUUCAUUAGAGUUAAACCUAACAAAUUAUCAAAUAAAAUAAAUAGGUCAACACACUUCUUAAAAUGUAAGACGUACAUAAACAGAAUCAUAUAUCACCGUCAGAAAAUUGCAAUUUUCCUUGAACAGCAUUAUUAAAAUUCCAUACAAACUGGUUAUGACGAUAUAGUAGCAUUCAUAACAAUUACAUGAAACUGUAUCUUCACAAAAAUAUAUAAAAUGUCUGUAAAAAAUAAAGGAAAUCAUCGCAUAAUAGACUUGAUAAAGAAAUCAAUAGAAACAGAGUUAUUGCCCUUGGAUUCAAUAUUUUGAAACGUAUCAUUGAUUAUUCAUCUAUAACUUAAACUUUUGAAAUAUUUCAUUUUUAACAAGAUUUUUAGCUCACCUGAGCUGAAAGCUCAAGUGAGCUUUUCUGAUCACCCGUAUUCCGACGAAAAUUGUUGAAUUAAACAUUACUUAUCAGGUGAUUAUAAACUAGUUUUGUUGUGAGUUUUCGAAAAUUAAAGUUGAAUGUCAUAAAUGUUUAUCAAAGUUGGAUUUUUUUGUACGGCGCGAUGUAUUCAUACGCGCCAGAAAACGAAUAACGUAAUGUACGGAGACUCGGAGGGGAAACUAUUCAAAUCUUUUAAAAUUGUUGAUAAACGAAUUGGAAUUAUAAGAAUCAAACAUUCUUAUAAUCAAAUCAAACAUUGCUUCGCACUUUUAUUCAGUUUGUGAGUAAAAUGUCCAGAGUUUACACAUCGAUAAAUUCUUCAAAAAGAAUGUUUAAUCCUAUAAUAACUUAGACUUUUGAAAUAUUUUAUUUUUAACAAGAUUUUUUACAAUAACUAUAGGAAAAGACUCCAACAAAAUGUAUGUUCCUAUCAUGCAUAAAUCUAACCAAAUCAUUGAUUUUGCAAAAUCUGAUGACAUCACAGGAGGGUGGAAUUACUUUAAUUAGUGUUUUAAGAAAGUAAAAUAUAUGCCAGGUAUACUAUGUCAACAAAAUCAGAAUGAUAUUGCUAAUUGGAUAGCAUUAUGACAUCAUGAAUAAGACAUUUCCCGCCUUUUUUUCAAAAUAAACCUGAAACUGUCAAAUGUCAUACAGAUUGUUGCUCAGGAAAAGAUGUGUGCAUUUGUCGAGCAAAAUGAAAAUGAUAUAUAUUGUGUAUUAUUUUAAGAUGAAAAACAUACUUGAAUAUGAAUUUGCUCGACGCAUGCGCUGUAUGUUUUCUGAAAGGAAAACCACCUGAAUUUGUGGAUAUUUUCAUUGAAAAUGGCAUACUUUACAAUGUCAUGCCAACUUCUAGCUCUAGUCAUAUGACACAAAUUAUUGUGCUGAUCAAACUGAGCGGAUUUUGGGUUUGCUAAUCUAUUCCUUAUUUGAAUGCCAGGGUUUGAGCUCCAUUAGUGAAAUCAUCAAUAUUUUGGACCAAAUUACUUUAGAAACUGUACCUAUACUUCUUUCAGGAUUCCUGCACACCUGGGGCCUUAGGGGCGGGGCAAAAAACUAUCCAAAACUGACCAAUUUUCAAAAAUCUUCUAUAGAACCGCACAUGUGUAAGAAAAACCAAAUGCAUAAUGAUGUAGAGCAGGAAGGCCUCUACCAAAUUUGUAAAUUUCAUGAUCCCUGGAGUAGGGGUUCUGACCCCAGGGCAGGGCCAAACUUGUUAUAUAAUGUCUAUGUGUAAAAGAUUUAAUGAAUAACAUCUUCUUUAGUGUUAUUGCAUCUUCACUAGCCAAGGGUUUUCGGUCCACUCCGCUCCCAUAAAUGGACCAAAAACCCUUGGCUAGCGAAGAUGGUGUUAUUGAUACUAAAUUGAAACUAAAUGGAUAUUUAGAAAGAGCAGAUAGUCCUUUACCAAAAUUGUAAAUUUGAUGAUCACAGGGGUGGGGGUUUUGGUAUAAGGAUGGGGCCAAAAUGGUCAGUUAUUAAAUGUAUGAACAAUAUACAUUUUUUCACUUCUUCUUGAUAGCUACCUUUCUAAUUCUUUUCAAAUUUGGUAUGAAGCAUCUUUGGAACAAGGGGGACAUGAAUUGUAAAUUUCAGGAUUCUUGCACCCCUGGGUCCUUAGGGGGCAGGGCAAAAACUGCCCAAAAUUGAUCAAUUUUCAAAAAUCUUCUUCUCUUGAACCACACAUGUUUAAGAAAAACUAAAUACAUAGUGAUGUAGAGCAGAAAGGCCUCUACCAACAUUUUUAAUUUCAUGAUCCCUGAGGUAGGGGCUCUGACCCCAGGGUGGGGCCAAACUUACUAUAUAGUGUUUAUGUGUAAAACACUUAAAUUAACAUCUUCUUUAGUGUUAUUGAUACUAAAUUGAAACUAAAUGGAUAUUUAGAAAGAACAGGUAGUCCUUUACAAAAAUUGUAAAUUUGAUGAUCCCUGGAGUAUGGGCUCUGACCCCAGGGUGGGGCCAAACUUAGUAUUUAUGUGAAAGUUUGCUGAUACUGUACAAAAUCGAAAUACAUACUUAGGAAUAGCAGAAAAGGAUGUACAAAAAAUGAUAAAUUUCACAACCCAGGGUUUUGGCUCGAGGAUAGGUCCAAAUCAGUCAUACAUGUAUCUUUUAAUGUUUUAAUGUUAAUACACCUAUUGUAUUAUGUAAAGCCUUUCAUCAGUGUAUGCACUUUUGAGGACAGUGAAGUUUUAAGAACACAUCUAAGAUCAUGAUUUAUGCUGUUGGUGAAUAUUAGAAUUUAGCUUAGAUAUUCAUAGGGAACAGGAAAUUUAUUCCAAAUUUCAUAGCCCUUGGGAGUAGUGAUACUUUUUCACUAGUACUCAGGUGACCGAUAAGGCCUGUGGGCCUCUUGUCUUUCUUCUUAUCAUCCCUCAUCUUUGAAAACUUGUAAAUUGUUGUUUGCUUGUAAAAGAAAUUAAUGAAUUUACAAGCUUUUCCAAAACAUGAUUUAUGACGCUUUUGUAUGUUUUCAUUUUUUAUAGUGUUUAAAGGUAGAAUUUCAUUAAAUGCAAGACUA